AUGUCAGAGCUAGCAGCUGAACCCCUGGUGACGGAAGAGACCGAGGUGAGGGAGUACACCCUGUCCGAUGGGAGUCGCGUUAUCAAGACCAUCGUCACUACUCGCACCAAGCCUCCGCCAAAGCCUAAAGCUGAGGUGAUCACCGACCUGAGCCAGGCGUCGCCCUUUGAGCGAAACAUGCUUGAAGCUCACAACGCGAUUCGGGCGCUGCACGGCACACCGCCGCUGAAGCUUUCCAGAGAGAUGUGCAACUUUUGCCAGGAGUGGGCGAAUGUGAUUGCCAAGGAGGGCAAACUACGCUCACGCCCGCGAGAGCAGCGUUUGACGUACGGCGAGAAUCUGUUCACGAAGCGCAGCGGCAGCAUGAAGAUCACCGGCGAGGAGGUGGUCAAGGACUGGUGCUCCGGGGCCAAGUACUACAAGUGGUACGGCGGAGAGCCGCCGGGCGGGUCCGACCGAAACAGCGGCAACUUCAGCCAGGUCGUCUGGCGAAGCUCGGAACGACUGGGCGUCGGCAUUGCCACCGUGGGCAACUGCUUCUUCGUGGUGUGCGACUACGAUCCGGGCGGCAAUGUGCGCGACAGCUACAAGGACAAUGUCCUGCCUAGAGAAGAUAACUCUCGCUAA